AUGCUUGGUUCUGGGGCCAUAGCUUGGAGCUCAAAGAAACAACCAAUUACUGCUCUAUCCAGCACCGAAGCAGAGUAUAUCUUUGUAACCUCUGCUGCUUGUGAGGUUGUUUGGCUGCGUCGUCUAUUGCAGGACAUGAACGAGAAGCAAGCAUGCCCAACGACCUUAAUGUGUAACAAUAAAUAUGCCAUCUCAAUUGCUCGCAAUCCCAUUCUACAUGGGCGUACAAAACACAUAGAUACAAGGUAUCACUUUAUUCGAGAUCUGAUUAAAGAUGGCACCAUUAACAUCAUUCAUUGCAGCACUCUUGAUCAAGUUGCCGAUGUGUUCACAAAAGGGUUGCCAAACUGCAAGUUCGAAGCUCUUAGAAACAUGCUUGGGAUGAGAGGUUCAGACUUGCUUCUCUUCUUCAUUUUGCCGCUCUUCAAUCGAUCCCUCGAAGUACCCCCGUCGCCGCCGCCGCCGCCGCCACCGCGCAUCUCCCUCUCCUCGCUUAUCUCCUGUGUGUUCUUCUUUGUUGGUGCCAUCGGGAUUGUCUUCGCCAUUGUCGUGCUCCUUCGCCCCCCGCGGACUGUGCAGGUUUCGGUGUUCCGGUGUGGGAGAGCUAAGGACACGCUUAGGAACUUCCGGUCGAGAUCUAGCGUUGGUGGCGGUGCUGGGUUGGAGGAUCGGCCGAAGCUGCUGGGCUUCGUCGGGGUGCAGACGAGGUUUGGAUUCGCUGAUCGUCGGGCUGUGCUUCGGAGCACUUGGUUCCCUUCCGAUCCAGAGGCUCUAACUCGAACUAAGGACGAUCCUGUUAUUCUGGCUGAGUAUGUGGUGGCAUUGCUGAGGAAUGACAAGCCCAAAAAGGAACUGCAGAAGCUGUGCGCGGAUAGCUUGGUUGAGUUUCUGGGGCUGAAUGAACCGUUUCAUGCUGUUAACAGUGAACUGCAAGAGCUACCAUCUGUAGAACUAUCAACUCUUCCUUUAAUUUUGAAGAUUAGGGUUUAUGGAAUAGGGUCCCAGGCGUGUAUCUUUUAUCCACAUUCAUCUUCGAGUUUGUCCACAAGUUUAUCAUCUGAGGCACUACAUGCUGAGGUUAGAGAAUUGCGUCAAACUCUUAGUCAAGUCCAAGAUCGUGAGGACAGGCUUCAACAGACACUUGACCAAGUACAAGAUAAUAACAAGGAGCUUCAACAAAGUUUGCUUGAAAUGAAAGAGGAGCGGGACCAAUAUCGUGCGGAGAUGAUGCAUCAAAUGAAGGACAUGAUAAUGAGUUUUGAGAGGAGGAUUCUUCAGCAGUUGCAGUUUACCGCACAGGACUCACAACCAGUUACUGACGAUCAUGAUGUUGACUUAUAGUUGUAUUUGUCGUAUACUUAUUAUUUUGUGUUGAACAUAUAUACUUAAAUAUUUCUUUUUGUAUGAA